GCGACACCAUUUAAAUGGCAAGCAAUACCUGGUUUCGGUAUAGUAUGCUCACUAUUGUAGGCUUAAUCCAAUUCAUUGUCUACUUCAUCAUAAUAUUAACACAAAAGUACCAUAUUUUUGGUAAACCGGAAGGUCGAAAGAACCUGGUCCUGCGUUGCCUAUUUGGCACCACCGUUAUUGUGUGCAUCUACUCGUCCUACCCAUUGCAGCCCCUAUCGGACACCGUAACCAUAUUUAUGUCAACACCGGUAUUUUGUACCAUAUUUGCCUACAUAUUACUUAAGGAACCGAUAACACCUCUACACGUGGGAACGGGAGUUACUAUACUGGUGGGAGUGGUAUUAACGAGUAGACCUGAGUUUUUGUUUGGUCAAAAGGACCCUGACAAGCUUUACCCACAUAGAACAGUUGGCAUCGUACUGUCCAUUGCAGCUGCCAUUGCCUCGGCUAUGGUGUAUAUGUGGUACUAUAGCUCUGGUGGCCAUAUGUAUGGCCCAACGACUUAUGCCUAUCAGCGACGCCAUUACGAUAGCCAUGACGUCGCCGGUAUUCGUGACAAUCAUGGCGUUCAUUGCAUUUCGUGA